UGGGGAGACGCUAAGGGAGGGGAAGUAGGCCUGGCGGGGUCCCCGGGGAGAGGCGGCGCGGCGCGGAGGGAAGCAGCCCGGAGCAGGAGCGGGCGCGGGAGCGGUAGGCGCGAAAACACUCUUUUUAGAAGUCUUCCUGGUAGAACCAUCAGAAAUGUCUUCCUUAAGUGGAAAGGUGCAAACCGUUUUGGGCCCUGUCGAUCCCAGCAAACUGGGCCGGACCCUGACCCAUGAACAUUUGACAAUGACCUUUGAUUGCUGUUACUGCCCACCUCCUGCAUGCCAUGAAGCCACUUCUAAGGGACCUAUCCUGAUGAAAAACUUAUUCUGGAUUCAGCAAAACCCUUAUUCUCAUAAAGAGAACCUUCAGUUGCAUCAGGAAACAGAAGCCAUAAAGGAAGAGCUGUUGUAUUUCAAAGCUAAGGGUGGUGGAGCUGUGGUGGAGAACACGACCACUGGCAUCCGCAGGGAUGUGCAGACCUUGAAGUGGCUCGCAGAACAGACUGGAGUCCACGUCAUAUCAGGAGCUGGAUUUUAUGUGGAUGCAACUCAUUCUUCAGAGACCAGAGCCAUGUCAGUAGAACAGCUUACUGGUGUCCUUAUUGAUGAAAUUCUCCAUGGAGCCGAUGGAACCACUAUCAAGUGCGGUGUUAUUGGAGAAAUUGGUUGCUCCUGGCCUUUGACCGAGAGUGAAAGAAAGGUUCUUCAGGCAACAGCGCAUGCCCAGGCUCAGCUUGGCUGUCCUGUUAUUAUCCAUCCUGGACGGAGUCCAAAUGCACCAUUUCAGAUUAUCCGAGUAUUGCAAGAAGCAGGUGCAGACAUCGCCAAAACAGUUAUGUCCCACCUGGACAGGACUAUAUUUGAUAAAAAGGAGCUGCUGGAGUUUGCUCAGCUUGGGUGCUACUUGGAAUAUGAUCUCUUUGGUACUGAAUUUCUUAAUUACCAGUUCAACCAGGAGAUUGAUAUGCCGGAUGAUAACAAAAGAAUUAGAAGAUGUGACUUCAUGAUGAAUGUCCUCAGCUCUGCUCCUCUUGGACAUGGGAAGUGUGCCUUAGGAUCUGUUUCCUUUUUCUAAACCGCUCUGUGGCCGUGAGGUGUGUGUUUUGCACCCCUAAUCCUUCCAUGAGAUUUCCAGACCUUCUGGAAUAAAGAUCUCAUCUCAUUUGAGAGGUGAGAUCUUUAAGGGCAAGCCAAUAGAGAUAUAAAAAAAGGCUUCCCAUUCAUUCCCGCUUAGAUCCUCUUAACUAUUAGUUUAAGAAUUUAAUUUUGAUUCUUUUAUUGUGUUAAAUAUCAACAUUCAGAACGUAUGAAAAUUCAUCAAAGUUUUACAUAUAAAGUGUAUAUGUGCAUAUAUAUGAUAUAUAUUUGUGCUAUUCUGUGUAUAGGUGCGUGUAUGUGUAUGUACGUAAGCUUAAUCUUCCUUAAAUUAAAAUUUUGCAUUGAGUUACUUUACACAAGCACAGCUCAUGUUGGUUUUUGUUUGUUUGUUAGCUUUGUUUUUUCUCAGACAGGGUUUCACUGUCUUCCAAGCUUCCCUUAAACUUGCUAUGUAACCCAGGAAGGCCGUGAACUCUCAGCUCUCCUGCCUCAGCCUGCCAGGUGCUGGCGUGUGCCGCCUAUCACACCUGACCAUUUCAUGUCAAGAGCUGAACGACCCUUUUGACUGCGUCUGACCCACUAACUCAUUGUCCCCCGUCAUGAGCACUUGGAUUUUAUCAUUGAUCUGCAAUCCUUUUUUAACCAUAGUAGUGUGAAAGCUCUGAGAUUCCAGAACACGGAAGCAUGCUUCUGCCUACCUCUGGUUUCCGGCACCAGAAAUUCUGUGUCUAACACCUGUUUUCAAUCUUAUGCUCCAUUUCUCAAAUCUUAUUAUAUCUCUGCCUUUUCACACUUUCUAGUCUCUCUCUAAUAUUUGUUUGCAAAACACUAACUCAUUUGUAUUGCUAUAAUUACUGUGAUUUUUUGUCUUCUCAUCUGUAGUGGUUCCUCCCUUCUGGCGGCAUCUCUGUAACUCCUGUUCUUCCACGUAGUUGCAAAAACAUGUGAAAUGAUCUCUUUGGUGUGGCAUGACUAGGCAGAUUUCCUUGGUAGUCAGGAUGGAACUGUGCUUCUAGAGCUAGAAUAUUAUUCUGUUCAUGAGACAAUCUCCUCAUCCUUGACUUUAGGGAGUUCUAAAAGUUUCAUUUUUAAAUAAGUGUAUCUUAUUCACCAUAUGCCUUCUUUACCACUUCCCAAUUUGCUAACUUUGUGUUUCAAGUUGUGCUAAAAGGCACCUUACAGGAAUUUGUUUAUUCAUACAUAUGCCUUCAUGGUAAUGAGACAUCACAAUUUUCAGAUAAGGAAAGGACAUUUAAAACUUGGGGAAAUGCUUGGAAAAAAUCAGGAAGAAAUGGAAUUCCAUGCACAUGUAGGGCAGGCCUGGGGUCCGUAUGGCAGGAGCUCUGAUUUCUACAGACAAAACACCCAGGCGGCUCUUCUACUGUGACACUCAAACCCCUUUGAGCUGCAAAUUUAAGGUCUAAUCUAAUUUAUUAAGGAAUGUAUGUUCUCAGAGGCCAGGGCCUUAUGCUUGAGGGGUGUGUGUGUGUGUGUGUGUGUGUGUGUUGUGUCACACAUCUUACUUAGCAUAGUAGUUGUUCAAUAGAACUCAUGCCCCAGAAUCCCAAGAAAUGCUAUCUAUGGAAAAAAAAAAAAAAAGGAAAAAUGAUGCCUUUCAAAUAAUCGGGCCCUGGAGGCAGGCACUAUCAAUUCCCUUCUAUCCAUGUGGGACUCACAAGGCUGUAUGAGAAUCCCAGCGAUGUGCCGCGCCAGCCAGUUGCACCUCUGCUAUCAGAGACCCUUGGAAGUGAGGGUAGACGCUGCCCAGGGUGCAGACAUACACAGAUGGCGGCUGUCGGGAGGUGACUCACACUACAGAUUACUGCAUUUAACCAAGCAAAGAGGAUUACAUUUUUAGACAAUUGUCAGGAAGUUGUCCUUUAGUCAACUGACUAUACAUUUAAAGGAACAGCUCAUUAUUUUAACAAUCCUGUUGACAGGAAAAGAAGACAGAAUAAAGGUUUUUUUUUUUUUUAUGGGUUAUUUUGCUCAAUUUAAUCCAGUACUCAGAGACUACUACUAAGUCAAAAUUCCCAUACAUUUCAGAGAAGUAAAUGCUCAGAAUACAGUGGUGCUUUUGUCAAGCUGACUUCACUCACUCUGGCUGCUAUCACAGGGCACUCACUCACAAAUCAACUGAUUUUACUCGGAGGGUUUUGUUUGUGUGAAGAUUCCUUUUGUUUCCAUAUUUUCAUCCCAAAUACCCAUUGAUUUUAUGUGCUGGAGAAAAUGAGAGAGAGAAACUGGGCCUACUAAGACCGACAUCUGGGAGAGAACAGCUGAAUACAAAACCAGAACCAAGUUAUUUAGUGACAUGCUAAAGUGGUCAUUCAUUUGAGCUGGCAGAUCCUAUUAGAAUCUAUCUUUAAUGCAGCCUUGCCAAGCAUUGUCAUAAAUAUCACAGGCUGGAAAUUUCUGUGUGCGUGGAAUAAGGAUCUUGUUCCUCCUCGGAGGCAGCAAUAUCUUUAUCAUUACCACACAGUAUUUAUGAAGCGUCUCCAGGUACACAUGUCACAGUGGACGGCAGUAUCCUCAGGACAAGCAUGAUCGGUUUAGGAGCAAGAAGUUUAAAGCCCCCCAAAAUUCUAACAUGUGAGACAAAUGGCGUCUAAUGAGUUAAUAU